AAAAAAAAUUAAUUCAAAAAGUUAAAAAAGGAAAAUUAGAAAAACAGAGAGCGGAAUGGUAGAGAAGUUGUCACGACCCAGCGCCUCUCACGACGGAUUCUCUCACUGGCAUCUCAAGCCGGCAUCUUAUACGGUCACGCCCCAAACCCUAAUUCAUCUUGAACUUCAAUCCCUUAAUCGCGAGAUAGGACAUUGGUUUGGUCUCUAAAAGCACCGCUGUACCUUGAAUUCCGUCUGUUUGAUCUCCGAACUCCAGUGCGCAGAUGGGACUGCUUUUAUCCUUUUUGCAUUUGUGGUGUUGAAUUUGAAGUGCCGCACUGAAGAACCGUGUGCAAUGUGAGGCAAUGCCAGAUGCGCUGUAGCUUAUGGAAGCUCAACUUGCUCAGACUGCCUUGGUUGAAGUUAGCUGCAACUUUUCCUUGGAAAAUUUAAAUGGAAAAGCCUUUUUUCUGUGCCAAUGGGGAAAAGAUGGAAGUUCACAAAAGUUUAAUCAAUAAGAUCUAUAGUACCUUCUCUGACGUACAUUUUGCAACACCAAUCUCCUCUCUGAGAACAAAUGAAGUUGACUUGGUGAAAGGUGUUUUACAUGCAUUACAAGGUUUCUCCAGCUCCUUAUUUUAUUGGGACCAUGUUGGACAGAGUUUUCAUGCCAAAAAUGGGAUAUAUGUAACUCACCUUUCCCAGAGAAGUCUCCAUGUCAUUCUGGAUCAAUUUAUGUAUGCUGCAACAUGUUUACAACUGGUAGAAAGUUUUAUGAAUAAGGUGGAGACAUGUACGAGAUCACCUCCACCUACUUUGAGGGCAUUUGCAUGCUCUGCUUCUGCUUGGCUUAAAACGUUACGAAAAAUUGCUCUGACAGAGGAAAUUAAGAUAAGCAACUAUGAUAGUGGAACUGCUCCAACCCUUUUGGGAUUAGCAAGCUCUCUAUCAAGUCUUUGCUCAGGAGCUGAAUAUUUAUUGCAAAUAGUGCAUGGAGCCAUUCCUCAAGUAUACUUCAAGCUGGACUCUCCUGUCCCAUCUGCUGAUAUUGCUGUUAAUAUUCUUGACCAUCUUUACAAGACGCUCAAUGAAGUUUGUCUCGUGCAAGGUGGCGAGGAGGAUGCAUAUCAGAUGGUACUUUAUAUAUUUGUUGGGAGUCUCCUGCCAUAUAUCGAGGGUCUUGAUUCCUGGCUUUUUGAAGGAACACUUGAUGAUCCUUUUGAGGAGAUGUUCUUUCAUGCUAAUAAAUCAAUUUCAAUUGAUGAGGCUGAGUUCUGGGAAAAGAGCUAUCUGUUAAGACCAGCACAGCAUCAGAAGUUAGAUGUCGCUUGUGCCACUGAUCAUGUACGUCUAACAAAUGAUAAGGACAUGACAGGAAGAGAAUCCAUCUCUGUAAAAGGAAAAGACCGGAGUGACACUGACCUCCAGGUUUGUCCAUUUUUUAUUAAGGACAUAGCAAAAGCAAUUGUUUCUGCUGGAAAGUCCUUGCAGCUGAUCCAACAUGCUCCGAUGACAUUUUCAGCUGUAUCUGGCAGAGGAAAUAAUCACGAGAUUGAUGGUUCUGGAAGUUGUCAUGAAAGUAUUAGUUUGAGCAAGAUCCAUCAUGGGCAGGGCAUAGCUGGGUUAACCUUGUCAGAGGUCUUUUGUGUGUCAGUAGCAGGUAUUAUUGGGCAUAGUGAUCACAUCUCUAAAUACUUAUGGCAAGAUGAUCCCAGUAACUCCAAAAUUGCCCCCUUGCUUCACUCGUUUAUGGACAAAGAGAAACUUGAAGAAGGGAAUGGUGAAAGUUUACCAGCUAUAAAAAGUUCAGAAAAGAUUUGGUAUAAAUUCUUGGUUGAUACAUUGUUUCAAAAAUCAAAAAUUGAUCUAGAAUCUGUACAUAAGAAUCCGAAUGAUUGUCUUGAUGCAAAGGAAGAGAGUAUAGCUGCUGGUGUUAUGGAUGAAUUGCCUAUGUUGGGAUCAUUCUGUCCAGAAAAUCCAGUUAUCACUGUUUGCCAAAGGUUCCUUCAUGAGAAGAGGGAUGCUUGGAGCACAUUGAAUUUAUCUAGAAGUUUCUACCUUCCUCCUUUAAAUGACGAGGGCUUAAGAAAGGCUAUUUUUGGUGGGAAUAGUGAACCAGUUUUUAAUGAUAAAGGAACAAGUUAUACUUCUGGUUUUCAGUUUGGCCAAUCUGAAAAUAUUCGUUCACAGGAUGACAGUAAAAUGUUAGAAGUAUUGUUUCCAUUUCCAACUCUUCUUCCUCCCUUUCAGGAGGACCUUUAUAUGUCUGAGCUUUUACCUUUCCAAAAAAAUAGCACUCUUCCUUCAAGAGUUCUUAGCUGGAUUCAAAAUACUGAACCGAGAGCUACACCACUUCCUGUGGUUAUUCUGCAGGAAUGCCUUAUUGUCUACAUUAAAAAGCAGGUGGAUUAUAUUGGUGGGCGUAUACUGUCAAAGUUAUUAUAUGAAUGGAGAUUGAUGGAUGAGCUGGGAGUGUUGCGAGCUAUUUACUUGUUAGGUUCAGGUGAUAUGCUGCAACACUUCUUGACUGUGAUUUUCAAUAAGUUGGAUAAGGGAGAAUCCUGGGAUGAUGAUUUUGAGCUAAACACAGUAUUACAGGAAUCAAUUAGAAACUCUGCUGACGGCAUGUUGCUAAGUGCCCCUGAUUCGUUGGUUGUGUCUAUCACCAAAAAUCAUGGUUUUGGUGGCGAUGAGCAACAUAAUACAGCUAUUCUUGUCUCAAAUCAUAAAAGUCGUGGGCAGGGCUUUGGAAUUGACGGCCUUGAUUCACUGAAGUUCACUUACAAGGUCUCUUGGCCACUUGAGCUAAUUGCUAAUACAGAAGCAAUUAAAAAGUAUAAUCAGGUGAUGAGUUUCUUGUUAAAGGUCAAGCGUGCCAAAUUCGUUCUUGAUAAAGCAAGGAGGUGGAUGUGGAAGGGUAGAGGCACUGCUACAGUGAACCGCAAGCGUCAUUGGUUGGUGGAACAAAAACUCCUCCAUUUUGUGGAUGCUUUUCACCAAUAUGUGAUGGACAGAGUAUAUCACAGUGCAUGGCGUGAACUUUGUGAAGGCAUGGCAGCUGCUGGAUCUUUGGAUGAAGUGAUUGAUGUACAUGAGGCCUACUUAUUGUCAAUUCAGCGGCAGUGCUUUGUUGUCCCAGAUAAGCUGUGGGCAUUGAUUGCUAGCCGGAUCAACAGUAUCCUUGGAUUAGCUCUAGACUUCCACUCCAUACAGCAGACACUAAGUAGUGGUGGAGCAGUAUCUGCCAUCAAUGCUAGAUGUGAAAUGGAAGUGGAUCGAAUUGAAAAACAGUUCGAUGAUUGCAUUGCCUUCCUUCUCAGAGUCCUAUCAUUCAAGCUCAACGUGGGACACUUUCCUCAUCUAGCAGACUUAGUUACUAGAAUCAACUACAACCACUUCUACAUGUCUGACAGUGGAAAUGUAAUCACUGCGCCAGGUGCCGAAACUGUUACUUCGAAAUUGGGGAAGGCUUUUCCUGGUUAGAGCAGACUGACUGGAGUCGCUCAGGACUGUUUAUGAUGCUAGGUAUCAAGAAUGCCAUACGCAUGUGAGUCCUUCCACUGUUUCUGCGUAAAGCAAACUAUCACUGCUUUGGUUUUGUUGCAUCAGAGGGAGCAAUUCGCAUUGUAGCAGCAUCCAUCCUCCGAGAUCUUAAAACCCUUCAAUCUUAUAUAUCGAGUUGCUCUUGAUGUGGAUGCUAUAUCCUAGCAUUGGUUUUAUGCUUUCUGUAUCAUAUUUUGCCGCCUGUAAUCUGGGUGACGCGGCCAAAACAUCACCUUUUGUUGUCCCGAUCAUACGAUCCAUAUUUAACCAGUAGUUUGGCUCCCUCCUCUGUAAAUUCUUUUACCCUGCCAUUUUGAUUUGAUGAUAGUUUCCCUUUAAAAGUUUGUCUGCUAUGGAAGAGUUUUGUGGCUUAAGAUUGAACUUACCUGUCUGGAAUUUCCCUCUUUUUUUUUGGUUGUCUGAGUUAACAUUCGAAACUAAACUAGUUUGAGAAAUAUUCCAAGGUUUAAUGUAUAACAUUUAUAAGCGCCA